AUGGGCGACUCGGGUUUAGGAACAUUAUCUGGUGGUUUGCGAGGCCGUCGCUUCCCCAUUCGACUGAUCUUGUCCUACCUCUUCGACUGGAUUAUCUGCUUUGUCUUUGUUGGUAUCGGAGGUUGGCUCGAUAGAGUUGCGCCUGCGAAACGACCAUUCUCGCUUGUUGACCCUAAUAUCUCAUAUCCAUUCGCCGAACAUGAACUCGUCCCCGCUUACCUCUUGUUCAUCCUCGCCAUUGGCGUGCCGUUCGUCAUUGUCGCCGUUGUCUCCCUAAUAUUCGUUCCUGGCCCGACUGUACCUAAGGGUACCCCAAAGACUCUUAUCUGGCAGCGCAAGCUCUGGGAGCUUCAUGUUGGUGUCCUCGGCCUCGUCCUAUCUCUCACGCUGUCAUGGUUCUUCACGAGCUCUAUGAAGAAUCUGUUUGGCAAGCCUCGACCGGAUCUCCUUGCCCGCUGCGACCCCGACUGGAAAAACAUCGACAAGUAUGUCGUUGGUGGUUUCAAGUGGCAGAGCAUGACAGGACAGCUUGUCUCGGCCGAUAUCUGCCAACAAACCGACAAGUACAAGAUUGACGACGGCUUCCGCUCAUACCCCAGCGGCCACUCGUCGUCUGCCGCCGGUGGCCUCAUUUACGCCUCGCUCUUCAUGGCCAGCAAGUUCGCAGUUACUAUUCCCUUCGUGAUGCCCUCUGCUGCUGCCGUGGCAGGAGCAGCCAGCCAUGCGGCGUUCCCCUCACGAAUCCAUACCGGCUCUGUCGUCGAUCCCUACGAGCCCUCGCGCGCCCGCGGCCCAGAUGGAUCAUUCUCUUCUGUUCCCACAAAGGAACGCGCAGGACAAGAUAAUGCCAAGGUCCAAUCUCUGCGUCGCCAAGCUGCUGCGCCCCCGAUUUACCUCCUUGCUCUUGGCCUUCUCCCCUUUGGUGUCUCAAUCUUCAUUGCUGGUUCGCGCUGGCACGACCGUCGCCACCACGGCUUUGAUAUUCUCUUCGGUUACUUGAUGGGUCUGGUUGCCGCCAUUUUUGCGUUCCGAUAUUAUCACCUGCCCAUUCGUGCUGGUGCUGGCUGGGCAUGGGGUCCUCGAAGUGAUCAACGUGCGUUCUGGGCAGGUGUCGGGCGACAAGGCUAUGCUGGUACAGACGAGGAGCUCGGCGUCUAUUCUCCUCGACGCGACGUGGGCCAUUCUGGAGAUACGUCAUACCCACCCAUGACAUCUGCCCUCGCUCAACGGAAUGUUCGCCAAAACACAGACCAAGAGCCUAGGCCCAGCCAAAACUUCCAAGACGUGGAGCUACAGAGGAUGGAUGAUUCUGAUCGACUAGAAAACAGGUUCCCUGAUGAGCGGUUCAAUGAAAACCGGUACGGUGACGCCCAUUAUGCUGAGAACCGUGUCUAG